AUGCCGACGCCGCCUGCGACACACGUGCACGACGUGAGCCACAGCCCUGACGAAGAGUCGACAUCGCCCGGGUGCAAGCGAGACAGCCAACUGGACGACGAGGGCGACAGGAGCAAGAAGCGGCGCAUCACUCGAGCAUGCGACUUGUGCAACAAGCGUCGCGUCAAGUGCGAUGGACAGCAGCCGUGUUCACGGUGUGCAGGACAUGAUGUAUGCGAAUAUCAAAGAGCAGUCUACAAACGAGGGAAGCCGAGUCGUUCGGCCCUGCUGGAGCGACAGAAUGGACACAAGCAGGAAGCCGCGCCCGCACCGCCCGUGCCUGCCCCCGUCCAGGCCCCGCAACAACACUCGCAGCCUCCGCUCCAAUCCACCGUGUCCAUCACUGCCAAUUCGGCCAUACCAGACCAGACACAAAAUUCAUCCGCCUACGCCCGACACAGCUCGUUUGGUACCGAUCAUGGCAUGCAGCCAUUCAUGCAUCGCCCAAGCAUGGGAGAACGCCACCCUUCGACCGUCACCUUGGACAGCAACGCGAACAUGUGGAACGGUCGAUAUUCGAUUGACUUGGGAACUGCUGCUUUCAACGCAUCAAUGGCCGCACCCGUCUUUGGUGCAGAAGACAACGCCUCGGAGACAAACUCGGGAGGCGUUGGACAUACCAAAUACCCUGUCCUUGUCCCGCUACUGCCAUAUGUUGCCUCUAUCUUGACCGAGUCUCAGGCUGCGAGUUUGCUCGAGCUCUACUUUACAAGUCAAUUCAACACAUUCAUGCACCCCGUGUGUCGCCAUAUACAUGCCUUUGUCUUCCGCAAAGCCUCGGUCAUGAGCAAGGAGAAUCCGAGAAGUUGCAGUCCAGCACUGCUCGCAAGUAUGCUAUGGGCAGCUGCUGAAACAGGAGGUCCGGAAACUCUGUCCUGGUCACACUCAAAGCGCAUCAACAUCUGUCGGAAAUUGCGACUGGUCACGAUUCGCUUGCUCCACCCUCUGGUCCACUCCGACAUUGGCUGUGUCCAUGAACUGACAGACGGACCAACAAGGAAACUCCAAGAGUCAAGCUCAGGCACGCUCGACGAUGUCAUAACAUAUAUCCACAUCGCUGCCAUUACCUCUGCUAGCGAAGAAAAGGCGAUGAGCAUGAGAUGGUGGCACGCAGCUUUUGCUCUUGCACGAGAACUUGGUCUGAACAAGGAACCCAUCUCUGGCUCGUCCAUCCCUGGUGUAUCACCAACAGCCAACAACCAGAGCAUGAUCGAAUUCGAGAGCGAUCCCUGGCUGGGACUGAACUCAUUCGAUUUCGACAACGGUCUUGCACAGUACAUGGAUGCAGCAGAUACCACACAGCCAGAAGUGGAUCAAGAGACGCUGGAAGAACGGAGGCGGACCUGGUGGCUCCUCUACAUCCAAGAUCGCCAUUUGGCUCUCUGCUACAACCGACAGAACGCCCUGCUGGAUGCCGAGUGCGAGGAUCUUUUAUUGCCCCUGGAUGAGGCAUCGUGGCAGUCUGGCAAUUUCUCAUCUCUCACGCAGCGACCGCAGUUCCCUUCUUUCGAAUGUACUGGCCACAAUAUCUAUGGCUGGUUCCUGCCACUCAUGACAAUUGUCGGCACCAUACUCGAUUACAACCAUCUGAAGAACCACCACACCUUGGGCAAGCUCUACACAGAUGGUCAACGCGUGCAGUCUCAGGUCUUGCUGCAACUCGACAACUACGCGCAGAGUCUGGUUCGUUUCGAGCAACAAGCAUCAGCACUAGACUACCAAGACAUCCACCACACAAAAACUGUCGUCGCAUACGCCAACCUUGUCAUUCAAGUGUCGCGCGUGUUGCUGGCAGGAAAGUGGGAUCCCAUGUCUCUGUUCGACGAUCGAGAUCUCUUCAUGGCUACUCCAUCAUUCACCACAACCAUCGCAAAUGCCAUCGCAGCUGCCGACAACGUCUCUCAUAUUCUUGAUGUUGACCCAGAUCUCGGCUUUGUUCCCUACUUCCUCGGCAUCCAACUACUACAAGGCAGUCUCCCACUUCUCCUGAUCGUGGAUCGACUACAAACAGAGACGGAUCCGAAGAUAAUCAAUGCCUGCGAAGUCAUCAUUCGCGCGACCGAGGCCUGUGUGUCGACACUGGACACCGAAUAUCAGCGAAACUACCGCCAGAUUCUCCGCUCCGCAGUCACACAAGCACGAGGCCGCUACGUACCACAGAAAGAAACACAAUACCGACGACACACCGUCCUCGCACUGUAUCGCUGGACGAAGAAUGGCACAGGAAUUGCGCUAAGAUAG